AAGGGCGUGGAAGCGUGGUUAUCUUCUUUACGGCCCGCCGGGACUGUAAAGUCCACCCUGAUCGCCGCCAUGGCUAAUCUUCUGGGUUAUGAUAUUUAUGAUCUAGAAUUAACCGCCGUGAAAGAUAACACUGAGCUGAGGCGGUUAUUGAUUGAGACACCGAGCAAAUCGAUUAUUGUGAUUGAAGACAUUGAUUGUUCGGUCGAUCUCACCGGACAAAGGAAGAAGAAAGAGGAGAAAGAGGAGGAAGAAGAGAAGGAUCCAGCAAGAACCUAG